UCAACGUCAAUUUUUGAGGUUAUAGCUCUGUAAUCAAAAAUAUUUUUUUACACGUUUCGAGUGUCUGCAAGCACACCAUCAACGUAUUAGCCAACCAAAAUGACGACUUUGGGACUUUCAAAAAAACUCCGCCUAACCCCUUUCAACUGUGAACAAACCGAGAUCGAGAAUUACCACUGCACCAUGUGCAAAUUCCAAACAAAACUCGCCUUUUUUUUCAAAAACCACCUAAAACAACACACUGGAAGCACCUUACUGAGUGAAGACUACGUCGUCCAGAAGUAUGUGUGUGAACAAUGCGACUUUGAAACUAAUUUCUGUAUUAAGUGGCUGCAGCAUACCACGACAUGCGUGACUAGUGAAAAAAAUCCCCAGUUGAUAAGUUCCAACGUCAUGUAUAAGUGCGAUCUUUGUGAAUACCAGACUAAGUAUAAGUCAAAUUUGAAGCAACAUUCACGCUCCAAACACCUAACCGAUGACGAAAUAUCGUGGCACCAAUGUGAAAAGUGCCCCUUCAAAGCUAAAUGUCGCACUUAUUUAAACAAACACGUAAACACGCGCCAUCUGGUAGGCGACGAAAUCAAAUGGUUGCAGUGCCAACACUGCCCCUACAAAUGUAAAUACCGGUCAAGCUUAAGCGUCCACCGAAACUUGUACCAUCUGGAAGGUGAAGCUAUUAAAUGGUACAAAUGCAACGAGUGCCCAUACAAAGCCAAAAGCAAUUCGUAUUUAAAAACCCAUAUAAAAGCGCACCAUUUAGACGAAGACGACAUUAAAUGGUGCGAAUGCAAGCAGUGUCCUUUCAAGACUAAGUACAAAUCGGUUUUGAACGAGCACGUCAACAUGUACCACUUGGACGAAAAAGACAUUCGAUGGUUUCAAUGCGAACAAUGUCCCUACCGAACUAAACGCAAGUCGCAUUUAAAACGACAUAUAACUUUGCGGCAUUUGGACGAAGGCGACGUUAAAUGGUUCGAAUGCACUUUGUGUCCAUACAAAGCCAAAAUCAACUCUCAUUUGAAAAUCCAUAUAAACAUUCGGCACGCGAUUGAUAGUGACGUUAAAUGGUACCAGUGCGACCAGUGUCCAUUCAGGACCAAACACGAUUCGUCGCUGCGGAAACACGUGAGUGCGCAACACGUAGACGAGGGCGAGUUGAAAUGGCACGAGUGCCAGAAGUGUUCGUAUAAGUCUAAACAGAAGUCGAAUUUGAAGAAUCACGUCAAUGUGCACCAUUUUUGCGAGGAGGGGGUUAAAUGGUACGAGUGCAAGGAGUGUCCGUAUAAGGCUAGGAUAAAAGCGUAUUUGAAGAGUCAUAUGAUGAAUGCGCGGCAUGGGGAUGCGAGGGAGGUUAAAUGGCACGAGUGCAGCCAGUGUUCGUACAGGAAUAGGUACAGGUCGAAUUUCAGGAGGCACAUUCAGAAAUUUCAUUCGAAAAAGUAGAGUGUGAGGCAGGGGUGCCAACCGGACUGCGAAUACCAUGACCUGCUACGAGUCGCGAAGUUUCCGGGCUUGUUAUUAAUUUAAUGUUGAUUUCAAGCUAACAAUAAAUUUUGUGUUUGCUGGAUGCUUUCA